AUGGAGAGUGGAGGUGGUGGUGAUAUAUACAGAGUGAGCAGCGCACGUUUGAGCAGUUCAAAUAUAUGGAGGAACAGUGCCAUGGAUGUUUUCUCCAAGUCUUCCCAUGAUGAAGACGAUGAAGAAGCUCUCAAAUGGGCAGCCAUUGAGAAGCUGCCUACUUAUUUGCGUAUCAGAAGAGGCAUACUUACUGAAGGAGAAGGCCAAGCCAGAGAGAUUGAUAUCAAGAAUCUUGGGUUGCUAGAGAGAAAGAGUGUUUUGGAGAGGCUGGUUAAAACUGCAGAUGAAGAUAAUGAGAAGUUCCUGUUGAAGCUUAAGGACCGGAUUAAUCGGGUUGGACUGGAUAUUCCAACAAUUGAAGUCCGGUUUGAGCAUUUGAGUGUUGAAGCAGAAGCUUAUGUGGGAGGCAGGGCCUUGCCUACAAUAUUCAACUUUUGUGUUAACAUUUUAGAGGGGUUCCUGAAUUUUGUUCACGUUCUUCCAAGUAGAAAGCAACCAUUACCAAUCCUUGAUGAUGUUAGUGGAAUUAUCAAACCAAGAAGAAUGACACUGCUUUUAGGACCCCCAAGCUCUGGAAAAACCACAUUACUAUUGGCUUUGGCUGGAAAACUUGCUAAAGAUCUAAAAUUUUCUGGGAGAGUUGCAUAUAACGGACAUGGGAUGGAAGAGUUUGUCCCGGAGAGGACAUCGGCUUAUAUCAGUCAGAAUGAUCUCCACAUAGGAGAAAUGACAGUGAGAGAAACACUGGCUUUUUCAGCAAGAUGCCAAGGGGUCGGACCGCGCUAUGAAAUGUUGGCAGAAUUAUCAAGGAGAGAAAAGGCUGCAAAUAUCAUGCCAGAUGCGGAUCUAGAUAUCUACAUGAAGGCAGCAUCACUAGAAGGACAAGAGACCAACGUAGUUACAGAUUAUAUACUCAAGAUUUUGGGACUUGAGGUUUGCGCUGACAUCAUGGUGGGGGAUGAAAUGGUACGAGGUAUUUCUGGUGGGCAAAAGAAGCGAGUCACGACAGGGGAGAUGCUUGUCGGACCAGCAAGAGCACUUUUUAUGGACGAGAUAUCAACUGGUUUAGACAGUUCAACAACAUUUCAGAUAGUGAAUUCACUCAGACAAUCCAUCCACAUCCUCGGUGGAACUGCUCUUAUCUCUCUUCUCCAACCAGCACCAGAAACUUAUGAUUUAUUUGAUGACAUAAUUCUGUUGUCUGAUGGUCAAAUCGUAUACCAAGGUCCCCGUGAGAAUGUGCUCGAGUUCUUUGAGCACAUGGGUUUCAAAUGUCCAGAGAGGAAAGGAGUAGCUGACUUCCUCCAAGAAGUGACAUCAAAGAAAGAUCAGGAGCAGUACUGGGCGCAGAAAGAAGAGCCAUAUAAUUUUAUAUCUUCCAAGGAAUUUGCUGAAGCAUUUCAGUCAUUUCAUAUCGGUCGAAAACUUGGUGAUGAACUUGCUACUCCAUUUGACAAGUCCAAAAGUCACCCUGCAGCUUUAACAACUAUGAAGUAUGGUGUCAGCAAGAAGGAACUGCUCAAAGCUUGCAUUUCUAGAGAAUAUUUGCUUAUGAAGAGGAAUUCGUUUGUCUACAUUUUCAAAAUGACCCAGCUCACUCUAAUGGCUUUCAUAUCAAUGACGCUAUUUCUCCGGACUAAGAUGCACCGGGAUACAGUUGCAGAUGGGGGUAUUUACUUGGGUGCUAUGUUCUAUACAAUCAUCAUAAUUAUGUUUAACGGGUUCUCGGAGCUUGCCAUGACUAUCAUGAAACUUCCUGUAUUUUUCAAGCAAAGGGACCUUCUCUUCUAUCCUUCAUGGGCAUACUCUUUACCAACAUGGAUCCUUAAGAUCCCUAUCACCUUCAUAGAAUGUGCUGUUUGGGUGGUCAUGACAUACUAUGUAAUUGGUUUCGAUCCAAACAUUGAAAGGUUUUUCAAGCAAUACCUUUUACUCCUAUGCCUUAACCAGAUGGCAUCAGGACUAUUCAGAUUUAUGGGGGCAUUAGGGAGGAAUAUAAUUGUUGCAAACACAUUCGGGUCUUUUGCAUUACUUGCAGUUCUAGUUAUGGGUGGCUUUAUCUUGUCACGAGAGGAUGUGCAGAAGUGGUGGUUAUGGGGUUACUGGGUCUCACCAAUGAUGUACGGCCAGAACGCUAUAGCUGUCAAUGAAUUUCUUGGAAAGAGUUGGAGCCAUGUUCCUCCUAAUUCAACAGAAUCAUUAGGAAUUAUGGUCUUGAAGUCUCGCGGGGUUUUCAUUGAACCAUACUGGUACUGGAUUGGAGUAGGAGCUACAAUUGGAUACAUUUUUCUGUUCAAUUUCUUCUUCACUUUGGCCUUACAAUAUCUUGAUCCAUUUGGGAAGCCUCAGGCAAUCCUAUCCAAAGAGGCCUUAGCUGAGAAAACUAGUGAUAGAACUGGAGAUUCCAUUGAGCUAUCAUCACGGGGAAAGAACUCUUCUGACUCAAGGAAUGAAAGUCGAAGAAGUGUAUCAUCCAGAACAUUGUCGGCGAGAGUGGGCAGCAUUACUGAAGCCAACGAAAACAGGAAGCGCGGAAUGGUUCUUCCUUUUGAACCUCUUUGGAUUACUUUUGAUGAAAUCACAUAUGCUGUUGACAUGCCUGAGGAAAUGAAAACUCAAGGUGUAACUGAGGAUCGGCUACAGCUUCUGAAGGGUGUGACUGGUGCUUUUAGGCCAGGAGUCUUAACAGCUCUAAUGGGCAUUAGUGGUGCUGGAAAGACUACUCUAAUGGAUGUCUUGGCAGGAAGGAAAACAGGUGGAUAUAUUGAGGGAAACAUCACAAUAUCUGGGCAUCCGAAAAAGCAAGAAACAUUUGCUCGCAUAUCGGGAUAUUGUGAGCAAACUGAUAUACACUCUCCUCAUGUUACGGUUUACGAGUCUUUGGUUUAUUCUGCAUGGCUCCGGUUGCCUCCUGAGGUUGAUUCCUCAACAAGAAAGAUGUUUGUUGAGGAGGUCAUGGAGCUUGUAGAACUGACCUCGAUAAGGGAAGCGCUUGUUGGAUUGCCUGGAGUGAAUGGUCUCUCAACUGAGCAGCGCAAAAGGCUAACGAUUGCAGUAGAGCUUGUUGCAAAUCCAUCCAUUAUAUUUAUGGAUGAGCCAACCUCUGGCCUCGAUGCCAGGGCAGCGGCAAUUGUAAUGAGAACAGUGAGGAAUACAGUGGACACUGGGAGAACUGUAGUAUGCACCAUCCACCAGCCAAGCAUCGACAUCUUUGAUGCUUUCGAUGAGCUGUUUCUUUUGAAAAGGGGAGGUGAAGAAAUAUAUGUGGGUCCUUUGGGCCGCCAUUCUACCCAUUUGAUCAAGUACUUUGAGGAAAUUGAUGGAGUUCCUAAAAUUAAAGAUGGUUACAAUCCCGCGACUUGGAUGUUGGAGAUUACUGCAGCAGCACAAGAAGCAGCUCUUGGUGUCAACUUCGCCGAAAUAUACAAGAACUCAGAACUCUAUGGGAGAAACAAAGCUCUGAUAAAGGACCUUAGUACUCCUCCAGCAGGUUCAAAAGACUUGUUCUUCCCUACUCAAUACUCUCAGUCUUUCUUCAGCCAGUGUAUGGCCUGUCUAUGGAAACAACAUCUAUCAUACUGGCGAAACCCGCCAUACAGUGCAGUGAGACUCUUGUUCACAACUUUCAUAGCUUUAAUGUUCGGGACGAUAUUCUGGGAUCUCGGCUCCAAAAGGAGAAGCCAACAAGACCUUUUCAAUGCAAUGGGUUCCAUGUAUGCUGCUGUUCUCUUCAUUGGUGUACAAAAUGCUUCAUCAGUGCAGCCAGUUGUGGCUAUUGAGAGGACAGUCUUUUACAGAGAAAGGGCAGCUGGAAUGUACUCAGCAUUGCCAUAUGCCUUUGGACAGGUUGUGAUUGAGCUCCCGUACAUUUUUGUUCAAACCAUCAUAUACGGAGUUAUAGUAUACGCCAUGAUCGGAUUUGAUUGGACAGUGAGCAAAUUUUUAUGGUAUCUCUUCUUCAUGUACUUCACUUUCCUAUACUUCACAUUCUACGGCAUGAUGACCGUAGCCGUCACUCCCAACCACAACAUUGCUGCCAUAGUCUCCUCUGCCUUCUAUGCUAUAUGGAACCUUUUCUCAGGAUUCAUCAUUCCAAGAACGAGGAUGCCGAUUUGGUGGAGAUGGUACUACUGGGUUUGCCCGGUUUCGUACACACUGUAUGGAUUAGUUGCUUCACAGUUUGGAGACAUUAAAGAAAUAUUUGAUUCAGGUGAAAGUGCUGGUAAAAGUGUGGAACACUUUGUAAAGGACUACUUUGGCUACAGACAGGACUUUCUGGGAGUAGUUGCAGCCGUCCAUGUCGGGAUUUGCGUGCUCUUCGGCUUCACCUUUGCCUUCUCAAUCAAGGUGUUCAACUUCCAAAAGAGAUAA